UCUACCGUACCCGCCACCGACAACAGCACACGACGCUGACGACCGCCUUAAAAUGCCGCACUCAUUCGGUUACCGCGCGCGUACGCGCGACAUGUUCAAGCGGGGCUUCAGAGAGCAUGGUCCGAUUAAACUUUCGACGUACCUGAUUCCCUACUGUGUCGGCGACAUUGUUGACAUCAAGGCCAAUGCUGCCGAGCAACGGGGUAUGCCGCACAAGUACUACCACGGCCGGACUGGUAUCGUUUACAAUGUCACCCCUCACGCCGUCGGUGUCAUAGUCCACAAGGUCGUUGGCAACCGUUACAUGGAGAAGCGGGUGAACAUCCGUGUCGAGCACAUUAGACACUCGAAGUGCCGUCAGGAAUUCCUCGAUCGCGUCAAGCGUAAUCACGAUCUCCACGCUGAGGCAAAAGCCAAGGGUGAGCGUGUCCAGCUCAAGCGCAUUCCCGCUCAGCCCCGCCUCGCUCAUGUUGUCUCGACUGCGGAUAACGCCCCACAGACCAUGACUCCUGUACCAUACGAGACUACCAUCUGAAGUGUUCGCCUUACUGUUGUCGGCUGUUCUCUCUCUAUCUCUGCGUCUGUUCAGUGUUCUUAUGCCAUACGCCAUGCGAACCAAAACCAUGACAAGAGUGUAUAACAGUGCUGUUACCUGUGUAAAGCUUGUUUGUGGCCUCUAGCUGAGGAUCGCUGACUUCAUCUUCUC